CGCAUCGGCUUUGCGCCGCAUUGCUACCAACCUAACCAAGCAUACUGGCGAUCGAACAGUUGACUCUCGCACGUUGUGUUGUGACUGUUCUUGUUUGGUUGGUUUUACUUCUUGUCUUUUUGUACUUUUCGAAAAAUGUCUGUGGGUGACAAAUUAAAAGGUUUUAGGCAGGCUUAUGGCUUUCAAAAUUGAACAAAAUAUUUAACACAAAUUGAAAAGAAAAAUUGAAAUCUACACUUCACAUAUGUUCAAUAACAUCAAUAAAUUUUAUAAAAACAUUCAGAUCUCAAACAAAACAUCUUUAAUUUCAAUUAUUUAGAAAAUCCUCAACAGGACAUAAACACUUCUACCAUUAGCCAAGCCUUCAACAAUUUUGAGAGAGACGCCUGAGAGAAAUGCCUGAAAGAAACGCCUAAAGCUCCAAAGUGAUACAUAGACACGUAAUCAAUUACCAACCUCACUAAUAAAGAAUACAAGUUCACAAAAUAUCUAUUAUUUUCAAUAAAACUUUAUUUUAAAACUGUUUUGAAAUUUUUAUUCAACCUUUAUGUUGUUUAGAAUUAUGUGUUUAUUCAGAAAAAUAACUUCAACAUUAGUGUGUUAUUCAACAUCAGUGUAUCUGAUAAAUUCCCGGUAAAAAGUUAAGUCUGCAUAUCGAUUACACCGAUAUUUGCUAUCAAGUGUUAUUGAUAUUUUCAAUAUCGAAUUGAAGAUUCAAUUUUAAUCGAGAAAAAUGUAAUAUUACAACACAAUGAAUUAGAAGCUGCCCAAUCUUCAAUUAACGGAAAUGGGAUAUUGAUGCUGAUUGAAUUGGUUUCCGAGUCACCUAUCCUCUAUGAUACGAGAUUCAAGGACUUCAACAACAAAGGAAAAAGAUUACAAAAAUGGAUAGAGGUGUGUGAGAAAUUGUACUCAUCAUGGAAUACCUCCAGUGAAGAAGAGAAAGCCCUGAAAAUGCAAUUCGUUCGGAAGCGAUGGAAAAAUUUGAGAACAUGUUAUCAGAGAGAAAUGAGUGAACUCCAAAGAGUUGGUCACGUACGAGGAAAAAGACGCAGUUAUUUAUACUUUGAUCAACUGAGUUUUCUUGCACCAGUCGUCAACGAAAAAAUUGCUGCAAAAGUUUGCUGUGAUGGACUGAAUAAAAACAUUGGCAAAAAAUCAAGUGAUCGCGACCAAGACGGUCCCAAAGAAGUUGAAGUGUGCUCAGAUGACAACAACGACUCUGAUGAGGCUUACAUCGAAGUUGUGCAGACCACCAAACUAUCGUCACCAAAAUCCAAUGCAAUAAGAACAUCUUCCGAAAACAACAAAAACUCGGAUAUAGCAUCUGUGAAGACAAUAAAUAAGAAUAGAAAAUUAUCUUCCAACUACGAGCGAUUAUCAGCAGCUUUUUCAAAAUCUGACGAAACUUUUGAAGAUAUUGAUAAAAUUGAUGAAGACAAAAGUUUCCUAUUAUCAUUGGUACCAUCGUUUAGAAAAAUGACAGAUUCUCAAAAAAUGAACGCGAAAAUGGGCAUUUUAUCCGUAAUGGCAACAACACUUGGAAUGUCUGUCGAAAAAUCAAAUUGCACAAAUUGUAAAUAAAUUGAAUCUUCUCUUUUGUUCUAUUCACUAUUGUUCCUAUUCAAUAAAAUGCUGUCAACUACUGCC